UCAUCACCCCCACAAAUAGGAUCAAAAUCACAAUUUCUCAAACUCCAACGGCGAAGAUUCCGACGAGUUACCGAUGAUAUGGGUGGAAUCAAAUCCUUCUCCACCGCCAUGCAUGCGCUUGUUCACGCCACCAUCAACUGAAUUGACCACCUUUCCUCUUCAAAUCAAACCCCCCCAAAAAUCUCAGCUUCCUGCUGUCUUCAUUCACUCUCAUGGACAAUUACACCUCUAAUCCAGCUGUAGUCAUCGACAACGGCACCGGGUUCACGAAAUUAGGCUUUGCUGGGAAUGCAGAGCCGUGUUUCACAAUCCCGACUGUAGUAGCCCUAAGCGAUUCGAUCACCAAUCCGGCACGAACCACCACCGGCAAGGGGAAUUGGAUGGUGCAGCAUAGUGCGGGGGUGAUGGCCGAUAUGGACUUUUAUAUUGGGGAAGAGGCAUUGUCUAAAGCUAGGGUUAGUGGCACUUAUAACCUGAUUAAUCCGAUUAGACAUGGCCAGGUUGAUAAUUGGGAUGCGAUGGAGAGGUUUUGGCAGCAGUGUAUAUUCGAUUACUUGCGUUGUGAUCCGGAGGAUCAUUACUUUUUGCUGACCGAGAGCCCUUUGACAGCACCGGAGAAUCGGGAGUAUACUGGCGAGAUCCUGUUUGAGACUUUUAACGUCCCCGGGCUAUUUAUUGGCGUGCAGCCAGUGCUUGCUUUGGCUGCUGGAUACACAGACACCAAGCGUGAGAUGACAGGAGUUGUUGUGGAUAUUGGGGAUGGGGCUACUCAUGUCGUGCCUGUUGCUGAUGGUUAUGUUAUUGGAGGUAGCAUUAGGUCAAUUCCAAUCACAGGGGAAGAUGUAACUAUGUUUGUCCAACAGCUCAUGAAGGAAAGAGGAGAGAAUCUUCCACUUGAGGAUUCCUUUGAAGUAGCCCGAAAAGUGAAGGAGAUGUAUUGCUAUACUUGUUCUGACGUCGUCAAGGAGUUCAAUAAGCAUGAUAAAGAACCUGCUAAAUACGUCAAGCAGUGGAGUGGUACUAAGCCAAAAACAGGGGCGCCAUAUUCUUGUGAUAUUGGCUAUGAACGGUUCCUUGGCCCGGAGGUCUUCUUCAAUCCUGAAAUUUAUAGUAGUGAAUUGAAAGCCCCUUUACCUGAUGUGAUAGACAAAUGUAUCCAGGCCUCCCCGAUAGAUACAAGAAGAGCCUUGUACAAGAAUAUUGUAUUAUCUGGAGGGUCAGCCAUGUUCAAAGGCUUCCAGAAAAGGUUGCAACGAGAUGUAAAAAAGAUUGUUGAUGUUCGAGUACUUGCAUCAGAUAAUCAGCAUGGUGGACGAGUACAGGCCCAACUCUUGGAAGUAAAUGUAGUUAGCCAUCCUAUCCAGAGAUACGCAGUUUGGUUUGGCGGCUCAAUACUUGCAUCUACACCUGAGUUUUACACGGCAUGCCACACAAAAGCUGAGUACGAGGAAUAUGGAGCAAGCAUAUGCCGAACCAACCCAUUAUUCAAAGGGAUUUGAAGACGAAACAAACUGAUAGGCGGUGAUAUCCAGAUGACAAGCGAUGAAGGCUAGGCUACACUUCUCGGUCGCGUUUGCUGGAUAUAUUGAUAUUUUUUGAGUCAUUAAAUUAUUUUCAGGUUUUUGCGCGGGAAAUGUUGGUGUCGUGAAAUGACCCGUACCUACUAAUUCGAUUAUGCGAUUUUAUAUCGUGUGUGAGAAGAAAGAAAGUUAGUAGAGAUUUGCAAAUAAUCAAAAUGUGCAGUUAAAUUCCUCACAGCCAUCCAAUGUCUACCGAGCCCAAAGUUCUUUUUAUCGAAAUCAAUUGCUGUGACAAAUGCCGCAACACUGUGCAGGACAAUGUUAGGAAAAUGCCUGGGGUGGACAGCGUUGCGAUAGAUGAAAAAGAAAAUCUCGUAUAUGUCUAGAAUGCCCGACGUUGCUGAGAAAGGUCGCGAAGCUAGGCAAAUCGGUCCAGCUUGUAUCACCAGAGAAGCCCCCAAUGAACCAUGCUGAUUCAAACCACAACAACAAAUUCGAACCUCGUGGCGAAAAGGGGAAACAACACAGCAACUGUGGAGACGGCGGUCAUAAGAAGGCGGAAGAGAAAGAGGAGCACAAAUGCGAAGCCUAUGUGCCCCCCGCGAUUAGUCCUGUUGUGUGUAGAGAUUAUUGACCGCGUGGCAGCUGAGAAUACGAGCAGCUUCUUUGACAUGCCGUUUUAUGGCGGAGGAGGGCCGUCUUACCAAUAUCCGAUGGGGAUGUAUGGAUGGCAACAGCCACCACCACAGUUUUUCAUUCAUCAUGAUCCAUUCAUUUUUCAUUAGAGAAAUCUCUACUUAUUAUUAUGGGCAUGGCUAGGCUAGUUUUCAACAAAUGCACAUUUGCUUUCUAAUGUCAUAUGCCACCCCAUGCUUUCCAUUUAACUAAAUAAACAUCUGUUAAACAUUUUGAAUAUGUGGUAGUAUAUUGUUUUGUUUGAUUUCAGUGCCUACCAAAAUGCUUGCAAGUUGCAACUCAACUAGGAUUUAUCAUAAUACAUUGGUAAUAUUAGGAUCAAUUUAGUAGGAACUCUUCUAUCUUCAACUUAUUUUAUCUAAAUUGAUGUUCUUAUUAUCAUGUUUUACACUGUACUAUCAUCUCUUAUACCAAAUGAGACGAGGUUUUGAUGCAGGUGCUGAGUGCGGAGUUGGACUUAUGGCUAUGGGCGUACGGCAUCACCUGUCCUUCUCUUCAACCUCAUCGGACACUCUCCAUUUACUAUUGAGUUUUGAAGGGAAGAGUUUGCUAGAGUUUUAGAGGUAACUUCGUAAUUAGAGGUUAGUACUUAAAUUUUGCAGCAUAGUUUCUAUUAUUGUCACAGAGCUAUAAAGAUGAAAGUGGAAUAAUGUUGAAUGGUUUUUCCUUAUUAUUAUCGUUCCAUCAACUAUAAGCAAUAAUGUUACAUUUUGCUCUAUUUUUCUUUUAAUUUUGUUUAGGGAAUACUGUUUAGUGAGUUUAUGAUACAAACGAUUGUUUAGUUUU